AUGCCUCCUUCGUCUUGGACAAUUAGACUACUUGCGGCCUCUACCUUGGGUUUCUGGCAUGUGCCCUUCGUUUCUGGUACAUCUCAUUUUGAUUGGUCGAUACGAAACUACAAACGAUCCUUAGAUAGCUGGGUAUCGGUCAGCUACAACGGUAUUUGGCCGUGCUCUCUCCCGAAAAUCGAAGUAAUCGAGAACGCGGUAGAAUAUACCAAGAUUUUAGCGAAUGGGGCGAUAGUAGCUUUGGACGAUACAGGGACGUCUUCAUCGGCAUAUUCGCGCUGGUUUAGUAGUAAGUCGUACCAAGACACCCGCUUCUACUACUACGCAACGAUUUAUAGCAAUGCUUAUGAGUCUGAUCUUGAGGCUAUCAAGGAACAUCACUACGAUGCGGUCGUUUCUGAGCUACGAGCCCCUGAGUCUGGAACGGUUAAUUACGUUGAGGAAGGCGGGCCGGAUUCGGAAAGGCUCGUGUACGCCUGCCCCGCUGCAGACGAUGAUAUUUGCGGGUCAGGAGAGGCAGCUGCCGUGAUCAAUGCCGGUGAUCAAGGUUUCAAGGUUAACCUACUCUAUCUCUGCCCCUCGUUCUUUAACAAGGUCAGCCACUCGCGGAUGCUUUUUAACUAG